CCGCGUGCCUUUUCCAUCUUAACUACUCAGUCACUCAUGUAGUCAUCCAUAUUAACUACUGCGACAUGACACCAAAUUAUCUUCAACUAGUUCUAGUAGAGAGUAAGAAAAAACGAAGCGGUUUGGGUGAUCUAGUCUAGAACGAGUACUAAACACUGAACAGUGAACACUCAGCACUUCUCCGACGAGAGGUUGCCGGAAUUGCUAUUGUUUUGGAAACUCCGACACUGCUGCCACUUUAGUUGAUCACACCUCUGCAAAUUUAGGGUUUUGGCGGAUUCAUUUUAUUUUCAAUAUGAAUAUUAAUAUGAAUGUUAUGGAGGAAAUUCAAUUAAAAACCCUUGAAGAACUCGCGGAUUCUCACCCAGAUGACCCUUCCCACCAGUUUAAUCUUGGGAAAUUGAUUUGGGAAAGAGGAGAAGAAUGGAGAGAAAAAGCUGCAGAGCAUUUUCUCAAGGCAGCUAAGUUGAAUCCCCAAAAUGGGGAAGCAUUCAGAUUUUUAGGUCAUUACUAUACUUGUGUUUGUUUCGAUACUCAGAGAGCUCUCAAAUGCUACCAGCGUGCUGUUACGCUAAAUCCCGAUGAUUCGCAAUCCGGGGAAGCAUUGUGUGAUUUACUGGACAAAAGUGGAAAAGAGAGCUUAGAGAUUGCUGUGUGCAGGGAGGCGUUCGGGAAGUCACCCCGUGCCUUUUGGGCAUUUGCCAGACUAGGUUUGCUGAUGGUGCAUCAAAACAAGUGGUCUGAGGCAGUUCAGAGUCUUCAGCAUGCCAUCAGAGGCUACCCAACCUGUGCCGAUCUCUGGGAAGCGUUAGGUCUUGCCUAUCAACGACUUGGCAUGUAUACUGCUGCCAUUAAGUCUUACGGGAGAGCAAUGGAAUUGGAAAAUUCAAAAGCCUUUGCUAUGAUUGAGACUGGAAAUAUUUUUCUAAUGCUUGGUUCGUAUCGGAAGGGAAUUGAGCAAUUUCAACAUGCUCUGGAGAUAUGCCCUCAAAGUGCAUGUGCACAGUAUGGGCUGGCUUCUGGGCUUCUUGCUCUAUCACAAGAAUGCAUUAAGCAGGGUGCAUAUUCAUGGGCAACAUCUCUAUUGGAGGAGGCAUCUGAAGUUGCAAAAAAUAGUGCUGUUUUGACCAGUAAUAUGUCAUGUGUAUGGAAGCUACAUGCUGAUAUACAGCUUACUUAUGCAAAAUCAUUUCCAUGGACAGAAGGUGGUAAUCUGAAGGGCGAGGAAGCCUUUUCUAGGUCUCUUCUUUCCUGGAAAAAAACACGCCAAAUAGCUGCUGUGUCAGCCAAAUGUUCCUACCAGCGGGCUUUGCACUUAGCUCCAUGGCAAGCAAAUAUAUAUAUGGAUGUUGCUGUGGCUCUUGAUCAUGUUUGCUCUUUACAGGGGAGUCAUGAAACUGAUUUGAGCUCCUGGAAAAUAUCUGAGAAGAUGCUGUUAGGAAGCUUGCUACUUGAGAGUGACAAUCAUGAAUUUUGGAUGGCAUUGGGAUGCAUGUCUGAUCAUAGGGCAUUGAGACAACAUGCCUUUAUCCGAGGGUUGCAUUUGGAUGUUUCUCUAGCUUCUGCAUGGGCUUAUCUCGGCAAGCUAUACAAAGAAGAAGGUGAAAGCCAAUUGGGAAGACAAGCCUUUGACAGGGCUCGAAGUAUAGAUCCUUCUCUUUCAUUGCCAUGGGCUGGCAUGUCAGCAGAUACGCUUAUCAGGGAAACUGCAUCAGAUGAGGCUUACGACAGUUGCUUACGAGCCGUUCAAAUAUUGCCUCUUGCUGAGUUUCAGAUUGGCCUUGCAAAACUUGCUCUACGUUCAAACAACCUAUUAUCUUCAGAGGUAUUUGGAUCUAUCAGGCAAGCGUUGCAGUGUGCUCCUUGGUAUCCUGAGUCUCAUAAUCUUAAUGGGCUAGUUUCUGAGGCACGACAUGAUUAUCAAUCUGCUAUCGUUUCUUAUCAGCUAGCACGUUAUGCAUGGAAGACUUCUACACUUUCCUUGUCCCAUUCUCAUUUUGUUGAUAUAUCAAUUAAUCUGGCUAGGGCACUCUGCAAGGCAGAAAAUGUACUAGAAGCUGUGCAAGAAUUGGAAGAUCUGAAGGAAAGAGGUUUUCUUGACGUUGAAGGCCUUCAAGUAUAUGCUUUAUCAUUAUGGAAACUUGGCAAGAAUGAUAUGUCCCUAUCUGCUGCUAAAGAUCUUGCUACAUGUGUUCCCACCAUGAAGCUGUCCACUGCAGUGGCAUCUAUUUCUUUAAUUUGCUGUCUUCUGUACUCCAUUUCCGGGGUAGGAUCAACUAUCAAUAACAUUUUGCAAAUGCCUAGGGAGCUGCUUCAGAGUGCAAAAGUCAGUUUCAUCAUAUCUGCUGUAGAUGCUGUUGAUCGGAGCUGUCAAUUACAGUCUUUAGUCUCAAGUAGCCGCCGUAUCCUUUCAACACAGGAAGAGAUUAUGGAAAUGCAUUUGCUGAUUGCGCUAAGUAAACUAAUAAGAAAUGGAGAUGGACAUUCUCUCAGUUUACAAAGUGGCAUAAACCAUCUUAGAAAGGCAUUGCAUAUGUACCCCAAUGGAAUUUCUAUAAGAAAUAUGCUCGGAUAUCUUUUGUUAUCCCUUAAACAAUGGGAAAACGACCAUGUUGUAAGGAGGUGCUGUGCUGUUGUUCCGUUUAACUCAAUAAACCAAGACUUCAGAUCUGCGCAUGAAAUUAUUGGUGCUGAAGCUGUUGCUUGUCAUGCUACUUACAGCUGCAAACCGAAAUACUCUCUUUCAACAUGUAAAUACCAGAAUGCGCACGGUGCAUCACUAAUAGGGUUAAUGCAGAGAUGGCUUCGUCUUGAACCUUGGAACCAUAAUGCUAGAUACUUUCUAGUACUUAAUUUGCUUCAAACAGCAUGCCAAGCAAAAUGUCCGCAACACCUUUUGAACGUGCUCAAGCGGAUGACUUCUGUAGCUGUCACGAGUCAGUUAUCUUUGAAUAAGACAUUUGAAAGAUAUAAAAGAUUUCAGCUGCUUCUGUGUUCCUCUGAGCUCAAUUUGCUUGGUGGAGAUAUGUCAAGCAGUGUUUCUCUUGCAAGGGAUGCAUCAAACCUUUCGCUUUCUGAUGCCAAUACCUUUUUUGCCCAUUUACAAUUAUGCCGCGCUCAUGCUGCUGAAGAUAACCAGACAAGUCUCAAUGUAGAGUUUACAAAGUGCUUGAAGCUUAAAACUAAUUACCCUAUUGGUUGGAUUAGUCUUAAGAUUAUUGAAUCUCGUCAUAGACCCCAGGAUGGUUCCACUUUCUUAGAUUCAGGCUUUAGAGAUAGUAUUAAAGAGAUCAAGGAGUCAGAGAAUUCAUGGUUGGCUGUCUACAAACUGUUUUGUGGUUUAGCUUCUCAAUGGGCUCAAGAUUUUCUACGUGCAGAGGAGUUCCUUGCUGAAGCUUGUUCACUAGCACCUACUGAGAGCUGCUUCUUCCUGUGCCAUGGUGCUAUCUGCAUGGAGCUUACAAAAAUGCAAUAUGGCUCUCAGUACCUGACAAUGGGUAUAAGAAGUCUUAAAAAGGCACAAGGGAUGUCCUCCAUUCAAUUGCCAUUUGUUUCCCUUUUGUUGGCUCAAGCAGAAGCAAGCCUCGGAUCAAAAUUGAAGUGGGAUAGUAACCUCCAAUUGGAAUGGUAUUCUUGGUCACCAGAGACGAGACCUGCUGAACUGUAUUUUCAAAUGCAUCUGCUUGCACUUGGGUCUGGAACCACAUCUAGUCAAGAUUAUGGAGAUCCGCUCAACUGGGUUCUUCGAGCUAUUCACUUGAAUCCUUCUUGCUUGAGGUAUUGGAGAGUCCUGCGAAAGCUUGCUGAGUGAAGUCUUGGCACAUAAGGGGUUAAUUCAAGUAUAUUAAGAGCCAUAAUAUUGGUAGUUGUAUUAUUUGUGUUUACUGGCUUCAGUUAUACUUGAGCUAGAAGACACAGCCCCAUCAAAGUGUACAUACUUUUAUCAGAUUUCUCAUCAGGUGUAAUAGGUCAGUGUUUUGGUUUUCCUUGUUAUCUACUCUUCUAACUUUAACUGUAGUAGUUUAUAGUCAAUAGUCAGUUAUAUUAGUUGAUAGUUUAUUAGUUGAUGGCUCACAAUGGACUGUAUUAUCGAUUUUAAUUGAAGUGAAGGCGAUUUCUGCCUAAUGUAUAUGAGUGAUUGAGGGGUGAUAACUGUAUACAAUUUCUUAUAGUUGAUGUUCUGACUUCUGAAGCCUUGAUUUUCAUAUAAA